AGAUAGUGGAUUUAAAUUGCCGCGUCAUCGCCAUCGUUUUAUUUUACUUUUAACUUACGAAGUCUCGAAGUAUGGAUUUGACUUGACUAUGUUGUACGUCGGGCCAGUCGGCAUAGAAGUAGAAGCUUAAACUUUUUAACACUUCAGGAAACUGCUAAUUGUCUGUAUUCUUGGGUGAAAAAAAGUAUUCCUUUUAGCAUAACAAACUAAGAGUUUGCAGAUUGAGUCAGUCUUGAGUAAGUAGUAAGUAUGCCUCCUUAGUCCUUAGUAGUUAGACUGAUGUUUACUUUGGACUUUGAGUUUGAGUAUAAAAUAACUAUAGGUUAUAGGACUUAAACUUUAGUCUUAGUAAGUAAAAAUCAGUAUAAUUUAAUUAGGCUAUGGCUAUAGUCAUGGUCCAAAUAAUUUAAUUAGUGAAACUUCUCUUGGACCAAAAACUAAUGAUAAUUAAUCAUAAUUAAUUAUUAAUGUAACUGUAACUGUCUUACUCUUGCUUAGGACUUAGGACCACUUAGAAUUUGAAACUUUAGCAUCUCACUAGUCACUAUCACUAGGACUAAAAGUAAAACUAAUGUAACUUCUCUAGGACUAAUUAAUAAUUGGACUUCUAAAGGACCACAUUAAGUUAAAGUAGUAGUAGGCAAGUUCAAGUAGGCAUAUGGCUAUGGAUGCAUUUGCAGUAGCAUAGGGUUAUUUAAAAAGGUAAAAGGGCCAUCCAUAAAUGGUAUGAUGUCAUCAUUCACUUGCUAUUUAUGAUGUCAUUCACCAUGUCAGUCGUCCAUUAAUUAAAUCAACAAUUUAUACCCAAUUUUUGACCCCCUCCCCUGUCAACAACUGUCAAACUUUCAAUGACCUCCCCUAAGCAAUUAUGUCAACAUUUUCUAAACACCCCCACUCCCCCCCAAUAAAAAAUUUAAAUAAAUAAAUUAAUGAAUUAUAAUAUAAAUGAAUUUAUACAUACAUUUUACUUUGUGCCGAUCUAUUGUAAUGAUACAAAAUUGUAGGAAAAACAUUUUAUUACAUCUUUAGCUUGUGUAAGUGUGAAGUUUUUACACUUAAAUUUUAUAGUGCAGAAUCAAUUAAAAGGUUGUUAAAGACUAAAUAUCAUUGUUUGUGGUAUAAAUAUGAUUAUUGUCGGUAAAGCUGACAAUUAUAGUAUAGUUUCUAGCUGUUAUCAUCUUCCCAUUGAGUAGCCAGGUGUUGCUCUUUCAUAAUAAAUGUGCAUCAGGGACAUCUCCCCCCCCCUCCCCCCUGAAUUUGCAGGUUUUAUUUAAAUUGCUAUGUACUGUGGCGCCUCCAGUAAUAAACAACGACCAAGUUUUGAGAAAAUCCUGAAAUGACGCCCCUGAUGGCCAUAGUCUAUAGUAGCCCGAUUUAUCAUUUUCAUCUUGCGGAACUGACAUAUCAGACAAGUCAAUAUCAUCCUUAUCUAACCAUUCAGCACUUAAAAUAGAAGCAUUUUCCUUGUGAACAAUAAUUGUCAUAAGCUCUCUAUCUCCUUGCAGCUUCUCACAUUGGUCGAAUCCUUUUUUGUUGAGGAGCAGGUGCUAAUUCCUUAUGCUCAAGAGGGCAUUGUUGACCAUAAAAGCCUAAAAAUUAUAAGACUAUUUACACUCAUUUACACUUAUACAAUUUUUAAAAUAAUGUAAUAACCAGUCAAUUUUUUUAGAUUAAAAUUUUAAUAGAGAAAACAUGAUUGUUGACGUCAACUAAUCUAAACCCCCCUCCCUCCCCCUUGUCAACAACUGUCAAACAUUUCCAAACACACUCCCCCAUUUUGUUGACAUAAUUAAUGGACGCCCCCUAUGGGGGAGAAAGCAUUUCAAGAUAUUGCAAUGUAUUAAGUAACAGAUAUUACUUAGAUUAUGUCACACUUUAAUUUAAGUAAGUUAGUCAUAUUUUAUUGAAGGGUGACUCUUUUUUUACUAAAGAGCUAGUUCUAUUUUAAUUACCUUUAAGUUUAAGAAAAUCUUCUGGAGGCACAGGUAGGGACGGAUUAGGAGAACGAUUGGUUCCAUGACACCUGGAGUAAUAUUUAAUUCUGAAACUUAAUGUUGCACCUAAACAGCAACCAUUAAACAAAUUGUACAAGAAGAAAUAAGCUCCAACCAUCUUAACCUUUUCCUCGCAACCUAAAAGGCAACAUUUGCAUUUCAAAAAAUUUAUCAUAACUUAAAUUUUAAUUAUUUGAUAGAUUGUCUGUUCAGUACUUCUGCAACAGGUCGUCAUGUACUUUCAACAACAGAUAUAAGGGUUAAGCAGGGGUUUUUAGGGGUCCAGAGAGGCCCUGACUUAAACUCAUAUCUUUUUAAGCCUCCUCUGUAUAGUCUUUUAAAGCUAAAAUACUUAAGAAAUAAGAACUUUAUAAAAUUUUAUAAAAAUGUAAAAAAAAUACACUACUUAUUGGUUAGAAAUCAUUUUUGCUUUUGAAAUUUAGAGUUAUUGGAUGAACUUCAGUUAUACAUGUGUAAAUUUCAAAGGGGCCCAAAUUUGAGAUGUGGUAAAAAUUAAGCCUAUAAAUUUUGAAUGCAAAGGGCUCAAAAUCAAAAAAGCGGCAGGGGCUUCCAAAAGUCACAAAACUGCCCUUCUUUAGAUCUUGCAUGAUACUCUCCAUUAUUCCUGGUUUUUUAACCCUUAAAUUGUGUAAGCUAAUCCUAUAAAUAGACCAUUAAUAUAUAUUAAAGCUCCCUAGUGUUGUUUGUGUUUUAAAAGAGCUUAAGAAAUAAACCACAAAGUAAUCUAAUUCAUUUCUUAUUUUAGAUAUUUAUUUGAUACAUAUUAUUUUAUUUCCACAGUACGCAGACUUACAGUACACAGCUUGUAAUUAGAAAAUGGACCAUGGUGAAGAUCCCAUUGGACAUUAUCCACGACUGGUUGAGUUUGAAAAGACAUUUAGAAAUCCUCAUGAUCAGUUACCUGUUAUGAGACGUUUUCAGUUAGCAUUAAAUAAGCGCAUUACAAAAUGUAAUGUAAAGAAUACGUUACUGGGAUAUUUCCCAAUUGUUGAAACCAUCAAGACUUACAAGCUGAAAGAAGAUUUACCAAGUGAUUUAAUAUCUGGGAUAACUUCAGGUGUUAUGAUGAUUCCUCAAGGGAUGGCAUUUGCAGCACUUUCGACGCUCCCAACAAUUGUUGGACUUUACAUAUCAUUCUUUUCGUCUAUCACUUACUUUCUUUUUGGAACUGGCAGACAGCUCUCCUGGGGUUGCAUUGCAAUCCUCAGCCUCAUGAUUGCUACAGUCUUAGAGAAGUAUGACAUGAGUGUUAAUGGAGGGAAUAAACCAAACUGUAAUUAUGUCACAGAUUCAGUGCUUAACGAAACAUCUUCUUAUAUUGGAAAUUUGUCAAAUUCCAGUAUUGUUACAGAAUCAAAUACCACUUACACAUCAGAUGAAUAUGAGACAAAUAUCAAACGAAUAGAGGUUGCAAGUGGAGUCUCCAUUAUAGCUGGUAUACUCCUUAUAUUGACAUCCAGACUUGGAUUGAGCCGUGUGACAAGCCUCAUGUCAAACUCCCUGAUAACUGGAUUCACUGUGGGGAUUUCAUUUCAUGUAGCUACCAGUCAGUUUAAAAGUAUUCUUGGAGUAUCCAUAAAAAGGUAUAGCGGUAUAGGAUCCAUUGUACGAACUUGGAUUGCUGUACUGGAAGAAAUAGGUCACACCAAUAUUGCCACACUGGUAACUUCAAUCAUCAGCUUAUUGGUUCUCUACUUGGUUAAAAAGUUUAUAAAUGAAAGAUAUAAGGAACGCUUGAGGAUACCUGUUCCUAUUGAAUUACUGGUAGUGAUAAUUGCUACUUUGAUUUCUCAGUUUGCAUUUUUCCAUGAGAACUUUAAGGUUGAUGUGGUUAAAAAAAUUCCAGUUGGAAUUCCUGCUCCAAAAAUACCUGACUUAAGCCUUGUCACUGAUUAUAUAGGAGAUGGCAUUGUCAUUAUUGUGAUUGCCUACGCUCAGACCUUAGCAAUGGCAAAAACUAUGGGACUUAAGCACAAUUAUGUUGUAGACUCCAACCAAGAAAUGUUGGCCUGUGGAGCUUGUUCCCUCGUAUGUGGUAUUUUUUCUGGAUAUAUAUGUGCAUCUUCUGUUUCACGCACUGUAGUUCAAGAUGGAGCAGGAGGGAAAACUCAGAUUGCCUCUUUAUUUGCAGCAUGUCUGGUUUUGCUCGUCAUCAUGUUGAUAGGACCAUACUUCUACCAUUUACCCAUGUGUGUACUGUCUGUCAUUAUCUUGGUUAACCUUCGUUCUAUGUUUCUUAAACUAUUAACGAUUCCUGAAGAGUGGAGAAAGUCUAGAUAUGACUGUGCGGUUUGGGUGUUUGCUUGUUUAGCCACAAUUGUUUUGAAUGCUGAUCUCGGUUUACUUGCUGGCGUGCUCUUCUCUAUAUUUUUAAUAAUAUUAAGAACCAUGCUGACCCCUGUAAUAGAAGCUGGGCAGAUUCAGACUAGUCCGCUAACUGUAGAACUUAGGUCCAUUAAUAAUUAUUCAGCUGCAAAAAUUCUGAGAGACGUAAAAAUCAUUAAAAUUAAAACACCUCUUUAUUUUGUCAAUGCUGAUAUAUUUACUUCCAAAGUUUUCAGUAAACUGAAAGUAAAUCCUAUCAAGUUAAAGAAGCGUAUGAAAGAGUUUAAAAUUGAAAAGGGAGAAACACAUGAAAUGAAUGAUGUGUCUAAUGGUAAUUUGUUGAAAGAUUCUGAUAGGAAGCCAGAUGUUAAGGUUCUAAUAUUAGAUGCUGCUGAAGUUUCUUUUAUUGAUUUAAUGGGAGUGCAGGCACUUCAGUUCCUAAUCAAUGAGCUAACUUCUGUUGGUGUGGAGGUACUGAUCACUUCAGCAUCAGAGAGUAUCAUACCUAUGCUUAUAUCAACUGGAUUCUGGAAGAAGCACGGCGACCGUCUCUAUCUAUCUGUUGAGGCAGCAUUAGCCUCAAUUGUAACAGUUGUUUCAACAGAAGUAGAAAAUGAUCUGGGAGCAAAGUCUGAUGUUAAAGGAGAGGUAGCAUAGAUAAGAUUAUAUUAUCGUCAAAAAAUUAUAUGGGAUUCAGAGGCAUUAAGUUUGUUUUAAAGACUAUAUUUAUUUUUCCAAAAUGUACUCCUGUUUCACUAUACAAGCACAUCAUUUAUAUUUUUAUUACAAUUUAAUUAUCUGCAAUACUUCUUUAUGACUUUUUGUGGAGUAAGAGAAUACUCUUCUAAGACUAUGAGACCUGUCAUAUGUACCUUGACUUGAGUGAAUCAAUCAUUGUCUGGUUAUAUUUACAAUAUAUUAGAAUAGACAGAUAGAAAGCUUGAAAUGCCUGGUAGUCUUAUUUUAGAUUGAAAUUUGAAAUAGACAUAUUGAUUGGAAUAGACUUGUUGAUAGAUUAAGUUUGAUCAAAAGUAACUCUUUACUGUACAUAAUAUGAGAAUGCAUGUGGAG